UUCUCACAUGGGCCAGUUGAGUAGCUGCCAUCCUUUCUCUCUGGCAAAGUCUGAGAAAUGGCUGCGUUUUUGUUCGUUCGAUUUUCGUUGUUGAUACUCACCUCGAUCAUGAUUUUGAGCAGAGCUCGGGGCGAGCUUUUCACGGCCUUAAUCGAUCUAGAACAGUUGGUAUACAGAGAACGAGAGUUGAGAUUUUCUUUAGAGCAGUACGUGAAUUUAGAACAAGAAAGGAUAACAAGAUUGAAGAAGUUUCUCGCCCGAGUGGAUUCCGCGCAUAAGCUCGUAGGAGAAGAUGUACCUAAGUAUUUAGGACAUCCUGUAAAUUCAUAUCUUCAGAUCAGGAGAUUAUAUAAAGAAUGGCCUGAAGCAGAGAGGUUGAUUCAAGUUGAUAAUUCUGAGGCUGUCAUUGAUGCUAUAACCAAGCAUAAAGAAGCACUUUCGUCAAAAGAAGAUUAUGAAGGAGCAAUUACUGCCCUCCUACGACUUCAAGACACAUACCAACUUCAACCAUCGUCAUUUACUGAAGGAAAGCUGCCUGGCUCUGUCCCAUCCCCCAGAAUGACAGUUAGUGAGACCUAGGAUAUUGGGCGACAUGCUUAUUUGAACGGCGACAUGUUUUAUACAAACUCCUGGAUGGAGGAAUCAUUAAGACAGUUCCAAAAACAGGAUGAUGCAGAUGGCAUCAAUCCCUUUGACAUCUAUGAUCACCUGGCGUAUUCUAAUUACAAGCGAGGUAACAUGAGAAAGGCAUUAGAGUACUCCAAGAAAAUGGUAGAGCUUGAUCCCUUGCAUGAACGAGCACAAGGGAAUAUAGCAUACUUUGAAGAAGAAGUGAAGAUAUACAAACAGACUGGUCGCCGAGGUGAUACUGGAAUUAUCACUGACACUAAAGUUAAACCAAGGAGUGAGCGGGACAACUGGCACCGAACAUCCUCCUUCCAAAACUAUGAAAGACUCUGCAGGGGAGAAGUUAGAAAUUUGACUGCUUGGGAACAAAGUAAAAUGUUGUGCUGGUACUAUAGUGGUACACCAAGAUUAAAAAUCAGGCCGGCAAAGUUUGAGAGAGUGUUCUUAAAGCCUGAGAUUAUAAUAAUGCGCCAAGUCCUUACAGAGACAGAGAUGAACAAGAUAAAGGAGCUGGCCUCGCCAAGGCUUCGCCGUGCAACAAUUCAACAUCCAGUCACGGGAAACCUUGAACAUGCGUCCUACCGCAUAAGCAAAAGUGGGUGGUUGAAAGACACAGACCACGAACUUAUUAGACGCGUGAGUCUACGCAUUGAAGAUGUAACAGGCUUAACUAUGGACACUGCUGAAGAACUGCAGAUUGUAAACUAUGGCAUUGCUGGUCAUUAUGAACCGCACUACGAUUUUGCACGGAAAAAUGAAGACAAGUUUACAUCGCUAGGCACAGGAAACAGAAUCGCUACCUUCUUGGCUUACAUGAGUAAUGUCGAAGCUGGUGGCGGCACGGUGUUUACACAAGUUGGCACAACUCUAUUUCCCAGCCAGGGAGACGCUGCUUUCUGGUGGAACUUGAAGCGCAGCGGGGACGGAGAUGAUAGCACGAGACAUGCUGGAUGUCCAGUAUUGGUGGGCAGUAAAUGGGUGGCAAACAAGUGGAUCCAUGAACGAGGUCAGGAAUUCCGACGGCGUUGUGCUCUAUCCCGACAUGAAUGACACUGCUGACUGGAGCAGCGGGCUCAGAAUAGCUGUUUAAUUUAACCAAGUAGUUACUAAUAUAAAUAAAGAUUUUAUAAACAUGUAGUCUUCAUAUGAAAAGUCCAGCGCCAGUUAAACUUACGCUUCUCCUUCGGUUUCCAUGCCCCUUAAUGUCACUAAUUCAACUCUGAUUUGUGUUUAAUAAUAGCGAUUGGAAUUAAGUUUGUCUUCUGGAAGUUUUGGAGUGAAAACUUUUUGUUCGUUUACAAACGUGAAUGGAUACUUGUGAACAAUCCUUUCAAGUCUUACUACGAAACACUGAAUUUUGCUAGGACAGUAAACGACUGGUUUCUUUUACCCAUCAAGUUACUUCGUUAAUGGUGUCACUGUUACCUUAAAGUUUUCGCCCCUAAAACUUUUAAAAUGACUGAAGAGAAGCUGCUUUGUCGAUGUUCCAUAGAAUAAGAUGAUUUUCUCUCAUAGUCGUAGUAGCCGCUAAGUGAUAUUAGGCUUGAGAAUUUAAGGGUGAAAGACUUCAACAAAUGCGCGUGUUACGUGGUUGACUGCACCAAACGUCAGCGUUUGGACCCAGGCUUUCGGUUUGUAUAAAGAAGAGAGAGGGCUGUGGAUAGUGAAAGUAAGGAAUGGAGAAAAGUUUGAAAAAGAACUAUCUUUUUAUCAUAUUAAUGAUGGUAAUGGAGGUUAUAAAAUUAAAUAAAUCAAGAAUAUGACUAUUUUCUCACAGUUUUUCCUUAAGUGUCAAAUUUUCAUUGAACGGAAAUAAAUUUUGUAUAUUGCUUUU